UUGCCAAUCCCGUCUGUCACUGCCGCCAUGGCGGUGGGAGAUCCCGGUCGCUGGCGAGCGAACAUCUCCCGGCAGCUCCAGGAGAGGGACCGCAACCAAAAGCAGCGCUUCAAGACCAUCAUCAACUCCUAUAACCAACUCCUGGAGAAAUCAGACUUCCUUCAACACUGGUUGGGCACGCGUGAUCCCUACUUUCCCUCUGUUCCCAGUCCCACACAGGAGCCUGAAACCACAGAUUCACACCAGCAACAUUACCAAGAAGAGAUCUCGAAACUGCAACGUAUCAAUGGCGAGCUUGCCCAGGAAGUGUUUGAACGAAACAAGGAUUACAGACAGAAGGAGAUGGAGCUGCAGGCGGCGCAGAGCAGGCUGGCGGAGCUGCUGGAGAAGCUGGCGGAGAUGGAGGAGGAACGGAGGAAGCUGUUGGGUCAAGUGGCAUCGCUGGAGCAGGCGAACCGGACGGUGAAGGGCGAGUACGACGCCUUGCGGCUGCAGUACCAUGCACAGUGGCAACAGUUGCGCCAGCGCGAGCUCGAGGCCUCCGAGCUGAUCCACAACCUGCUGAUCCUCAAGUCCCGUGAGGCUCAGCACCUCAACAACAGCAUCGAGAAGCCCAGGAGGGCUGAGCAGAGACAUCUACAGAAGGAUCUGGCAAUUGCUUCAAGUACCCCAAUCUCCAAGAAACCGGAGCCACUUCACUGGGAACCAGUUGUCCCACAGGAGGAAUCAGGGUCGCACGAAGGCACAGAUCUCAAAUCCCGCUUGGCUCCCAGGUCAGCCUCUUUCAGCCUUCCGGACCAGUCCAAGGUCCUCCAGACCAUCAAAGGGUUCUUUCGGAUACGCUCCAGUGCCUCCUGCAGUGAAAUUGACUGCAGCCCCACUGGCAUCUUCUCCAUCUCCAGGAUCCCCGCCUGUGUCCGGCAUAGUGUGUUUGCACAUGACGGAGAGGUUAACACUGUCAAGUUCUCCCCAAGUUCCAAGAUCCUAGCCACAGGAGGAAGUGACAGGAUUGUGAAGCUGUGGGACAUUGUUGGAGGCACCCUACAGAACAGGAAGACCCUGGAGGGGAGCAAUGACGGGGUGACCAGCAUCGACUUUGACCCAUCGGGUCUGCAGCUGCUGGCCGGAUCAUACGACAACUCAGCACGCCUGUGGAGCCUGAGGGACUGUGAGCUCAAGCACACGCUAUCAGGUCACAGUGCAAAGGUCACGGCUGCAAAGUUCAGGUGCUUUUACCGAGAGGUGGUGACGGGGAGCCACGAUAGGACGAUCAAAAUCUGGGACCUCAAUAAAGAAGCCUGUGUGAAGUCAUUGUCUGUCCCAUCUCGGUGUAGCGACGUCGUGUGCUCCGAUUACAGCAUCAUUAGCGGGCACUUUGACAAGAACGUGCGGCUGUGGGAUAGCAGGUCGGGAGUCCAGACCGACGCCAUCGUACUGCAGGGGAAGGUGACAUCCUUGGACAUCAACCAGGACCGGACGCAGUUGCUCGGGUGCUCUCGGGAUGACCUCCUGAGUGUGGUGGACUUGCGGAUGAACAGGGUCAUGAAGGAGCUCAGGUCAGAAGGGUUCAAGUGUGGAGCUGAUUGGACCAAAGCGAUUUUCAGCCCCGAUGGGUGCUAUGCUGUGGUCGGAUCCUCGGAUGGGACGCUCCACAUCUGGGACGUCCACACCGGGGACGUGAAGGCAGCCCUGUCUGGAGAGCACAGGUCCUCCAUUAAUGCCGUCUCCUGGUCGCAGUCGGGCGAGUACCUGGUCAGUGUGGACAGAGCGAAGGUGGCCAAUCUCUGGACUGACUACUGACACAUCCAUGGGAGCGACAUGCAGUACGCAUCAUCGGUUCGAUACCUCUGGGCAAGAGCCUGCUCUGGGUCCCUCCUGGGCAGUGGGACAUGUUAUAGUUAAGCUGAGUCUUUGUAAGGUGUUGAUCAGACCGCAUCUGGAGUAUUGUGAGCAGUUUUGGGCCCCAUAUCUAAGAAAGGAUGUGCUUGCUUUGAAGAGGGUCCAGAGGAGGUUCCUUUGAAUGAUCCCAGGAAUGAAAGGAUUAACAUAUGACCAACGUUUGAUGGCUCUGGGCACUGGAGUUUAAAAGAAUGAGAGGGGAUUGCAUUGAAACCUAUUGAAUAUCGAAAGGCCUAGAUAAAAUGGAUGUGGAGAGGAUGUUUCUAACAGUGGGAGAGUCUAGGACCAGAGGGCACAGCUGCAGAAUCGAAGGAUGUCCCUUUAGAACAGGGAUGAGGACAAAUUUCUUUAGCCGGAGGGUGGUGAAUCUGUGGAAUUGUUUAGUCAGGGUGUCAAAGAUUACAGGGAGAAGACAGGAGAAUGGGUUUGAGAGGGAUAAUAGAUCACCCAUGAUGGAAUGGUGGAGCAGAUGCGAUGGGCCAAAUAGUCUACUCCUAUGACUUCUGGUUUAAUGACCCAGGCCUGGGAAGUGAAGAGACAGAGGAGAGGAAAGAUCUGUGGGCAACUGUGUUAUUGGUAGACUGGUGCUAAUAACCCGUGACUAGAAAUGUAAAGCCAUCCACUAAAUUCCAACUUCCGUGACCAUUAAUUAUUUUGAAGGGAAGCAACAAGUUUGGAGGUUGGACAGACAGUGAGUCACAGGAAGGCAUGUCGAACUCAGAAGUUCAGCUGGAUCUGUCACGAGAAGAGAAAUGCAGGAAACCACUUAGCUGGCCAGGAAACAUCUGCAGAUGGGGCAGGGGCCUUAGGCUUAAAAUCAUUGGGUCAUCAGCUGACCUUGGAGGAGGAAUGAGGUAUCCCAUUGGCUGCUGGGACUGGGAGCCAGCGGGCGAUUGGACACUAUUCCAAGCUCUGUCACUGGGACUGAUAACCAGAUAAACAGAAAAGAAAUCUAAGGAAGUCCUUAAGGAAGUCAUCUCCAUCGAGUCCUGGAAUACUCUGGCCUGUGACCAAAGUGGAUUUGGGAUAAUAAACACGAGAAUAUCUGCAGGUGCUGGGAAUUCAAGCAAUACACAAAAUGCUGUAGGAACUCAGCAGGCCAGGCAGCAUCUAUGGGAAAGAGUACAGUCAAUGUAGCAGCCUGAGACCCUUCGUCAGGACUGGAAAAAAAGAUGAGAA